AUGGGUGGUGGCGGGCCGAGCAACAGAAACAUCUUCUCGUACGACACGCUGGUGCACGCGAUAUCCGGCGCGGCGGGUAGCGUAGUCGCGAUGGCAGCUUUCUACCCCUUGGAUACCGUGCGAAGCCGCUUACAAUUGGAGGAGGGUCGGCAGUCGAGGAACACGUUGGCGGUCUUACAAGAACUCGUUGCUAAGGAAGGGCCGUGCACGCUAUACAGAGGCAUCGUUCCUGUUCUGCAGAGCCUGUGUGCCAGUAAUUUUGUUUACUUCUACACAUUCCACGGUUUAAAAGAGCUGAGAAGCAGGAGAAACCAAACAGCAGGAAGCGACCUUCUUCUCGCAUCUAUAGCGGGUGUUAUUAAUGUUCUGACGACGACACCUUUGUGGGUAGUAAACACGAGGCUAAAAAUGAGAGGUGUCGCGACAGCUCCGGAAAGAAAUAACAAUGAAUACGAUACUUUGUAUGACGGUAUCAAACACAUAUGGAAAUACGAAGGAUUGCAACAUCUUUGGGCAGGCACAUUGCCGAGUCUGAUGCUAGUCGUGAAUCCUGCAAUUCAAUUUAUGACAUACGAGAGCAUCAAGAGAAGAGUCAAUAUGUCUCUGGGCGGUGCUCAGCCACCGGCGUGGAUUUUCUUCGCCAUCGGCGCAAUUGCGAAAACGAUCGCUACCUCGCUCACGUAUCCCCUGCAGCUCGUGCAAACAAACCUUAGACACGGGCACAAAUAUCCUAAUCUACCUCGGAACGCAGGCACGCUACAGAUAUUAAUUUACAUUUUGAAGAAGCAAGGGCUACGUGGUUUGUACAAGGGAAUGGAGGCGAAGCUGCUGCAGACUGUUCUCACAGCAGCCCUGAUGUUUUUGGCUUACGAAAAAAUCGCACGAUUCGUUUUUCGUAUACUUCUACAUAGACCCGUUCUCAGAUAACGAUUGUAACGUCGCAACGGAGAAACGAGCUUAAUAUUUUCAAUCGACAUCUGUCUUCGGAUCAAGCCUCUUAAGCUAGUUUUCAUUGUUAUAAAUUAUUUGCAAGGUGUAAGAGUAAUGAAUCACAGAUUUGUAUUCAUAGGCUGUUAUAUAGGAUGAAUAUUUAGCACGUAUGAGAAACAAAUGCAAAUUGACGAAUAAUCACACCUUUAUGAAGCUGCUGAUUAUUUACUAAAUGAUGAUUGACUAUGAAUACCGAUCUUGCGUUGCUCCUAUUUUAUAGCAGAUUUUUAUUUUCUUGACAAAUUUUCUUAUGGUAAAUAUGCAUGAAGUAACGCUAUAUAAAAUUACAUAAAUUCUCGGGAGGCAAUUGAUCGAAUCUUGUUUCCAAAAAGAUUUAUAUCAGUCUUUUUCGUUCAUUAAUUAAUAAUUUUUACGUAAAACUUGCGUACUUCGUCAUCGUGAAAAAUUCACACAUUGAGAUGGCCACGAAAAACUCGAUUAAAUUGAACAAAGUGUACGAAGUGAAGAGGCUCAAUGGUCGAGUUGAUAUUGAAACGCGCGAUCGCUAAUUUUAUUGCGAUUGCAUGACAUCGCGCCGACAAAACGAGUGGUUAGACGGUCGGACGAACGUAUCUGUAGAAGUAUCCGAUGAAAGAUGUGAACGUAUUCACGCGGGAUACUGGCGAAUUUACGAAAAUCACAGCUUCGCAUUCGACCGCAAUUUCGGAAUAAGUUGAGUCACUUGGUAUCGCCGCUUCUGUUGACGCGAAAGGCAAACGUGAGAAGGCAGGAUGAAGAGACAGAGCGU